AUAAAAAGUCCAAAGAAUAUUCGUCCAGUCUUCAUAGAAUUUAUUUUGAUUGCGGAUCUGAGAUUUUGCUCUGUUGUAAAAAAGUUGGAUUACAUUUAGUUAAGCUACCCCGCUAGUGAAUUGCAAUGAGUCUACUGUUGUUCCUUGCCAUCGCCUCUACUAUCCUGGCAGCAUGCAACGGAUAUUCUUCAUCUAUGUCUUGUGUGAUGAACGCAAACGGCGAAAGGAUAUGUAAGCAUGAUAUUGAUCCGAAUGGAAAUUUUGCGAGUUCUGGAGCCAUGACGGACGGAUACAAUGGCCAAGUGUUCGCCAACGCAAACCGACAGCCUUACCCAAUUUACCCGAAUUCGAAUGGACAGCUUUCUGCCUUAGAAAAUCUGAUGAGAACUGUCAUGGGUCAAGAGAAUCCUUAUGCCAACAGGCCGAAUUAUCCCAUGAACUACGAUUACUACAAUUAUUUCUGACAGUCUACCCAUCUCUGAUGUCAGCAGCUGCAAUAAGAAAACAACGAAACGUCAGAUUUAUCUACUUUGUACUCACAAGCUCCUAACAUACCAUUCUCCUGUCUUCCCAGAGCUCCUAGUCACAAACACAUUUAUCUGCGUUUUUUGACGUUUGCGAUUUGUAAUGCAGAUGACAAUAAAUGCUGACUAUAAAAAAAGUCUUAAAACUGCA